AUGUAUCAAUGGUUAAAAUCUGGUUCACUUAAAAGGCCUACAUGUGAAAUAGAAGCAGAUAAUUCUGUGAAUGAUGUGAAUGAAGUUCAGUGUACUGAUCAACAUAGUACAUCUAGCUCUGACUCAAAUCGCCGUAAUGUAAACUGGAAGAGUACUGUAGGAACUAAAGUGAGAAAGUAUAACACUGAAUAUUUACAAUUAGGAUUUACAUUUGCUGGGACUGAAGAUGAACCAAAACCACAGUGUGUUAUUUGCUUGGAGAUCUUGUCCAAUGAAAGUAUGAAACCUUCCAAAUUACGACGCCAUUUUGAGACAAAACAUGNGAAUGUUUAUCACAGGAGGUAA